ACUCUGUCGAGUCUCAGCAUACCUCUACCUUAUCCUCGUUAAACAAUAUAAACAAGCACCUUACCAUCGUAUCUACUGCUUCUGAGCUGCUGGUCUCUGGUAAUCUGCCUUUAUCUACCAAAAACACCUCGUCGGUUGAACCAUCACCACAUUCAAACCAAUUGCAGUAUCAGGAACCACCAUUCACUUCAUCAGUAUCAGUCAUGGCUUUAUCACAGCCAAAUAGUUUACCAUCAGAAUCACACAUUUCUAAUAAUAUCAUGGAGGCCUCAACACUUCAGCACGCUCCAGGACCUCCUGCCAUUCAUCACCCUUCAUCUGAACCCCAUACAACCUCUCCCAUCCAUAUUCAACCCAGUAAUUCUAAUUAUAAUACACACUCUUUAACCGAUGCUACAAGUCCUGAACAAGUUGGUCGGCCUUCUAAGCAUUCAAUGCGGGAGGAAGCUAUGCAGGCACGUAGGAAAUCAUUACAGCAGGCAGUAGUAAAAGGAGUCUUCACCCGGCCGCCAUUCGAAGUCCCUUUUCCAGCAGUCGUCAAAAAAAAUGCCCAUACCAACUACAUUAGAACAACAAAAUACACUGUUCUGUCCUUUCUUCCUAUGAAUUUACUAUUUCAGUUUCGUCGGUUCUACAAUAUAUAUUUUUUACUAGGGGCUCUUUCUGUCAUUGGCGGAUAUUCAAGUCUUUCUUAUAUAUCUCAAAUCAUGCCACUGGCAGUCGUGUUGGCUUUUUCUGCCGCCAAGGAUGGCAUUGAGGAUUUCAAUCGAUACCUUGCCGACAGAGCUGCAAAUAAUAUUGUAUUCCGUGUUAUUCGCGGUGGUAAAAUUGUAGAAAUUCUCAGCAUGAAUAUCCAACCGGGUGAUUUGUUAUAUAUGACCAAGGGCGAAAAAUCUCCUGUAGACGCAAUGAUUUUGUCGACUUCGUAUGAAGAUGGAACUGGGUUUGUCGAUACAGCCGAACUUGAUGGCGAAACAAACUUGAAGCGUCGCACAGCAACCAAUGAUUUGUGUCAUUUCCAAACAUCAAAUACUGCUACAAAUCUCUCUGGAGUCAUUCACUGCGAGCAUCCAAAUGCCAAUUUGAUGUCAUUUGAGGGCCGUAUUACUGUCCAGAUCCCAAAUAUUGGUGAAAAGAUUGUGCCUUUAACCAUGAAUAAUUUGAUUCUUCGCGGAGCCGUAUUGAGAAACACUGAGCAUGCUAUUGUAAUUGUUAUCUACACUGGAAAAAACACAAAGAUUAUCCAAAAUCUAAAAAACACUGGUCUUAAAUCAUCAACGCUAGAGGCCCGUCUUAAUUGGUUGAUUGUCUGUGCCUUUAUCUUCAACGCCUUUUUGCUUGUUACGAGUGCGAUAACAAAGCUUACGGAUGCAGAUUAUGCUGCCGAAUGGUAUAUUGGUCCUAGAAAUGUCGGAACCACCACGCAUCUUAUUGGUACAACAAUUGGUUUUUUCUCUCUAUACACAUAUGUCAUUCCAAUUUCACUUUUUGUUACACUGGAAUUGACACGUCUUGCUCAAGCACACUAUAUGACCAAAGAUCCCAAAAUGACGUACGAAUAUGUAGAGCGAGAUGGAUCAAUAGUCAAGAUUCCCAUGAAAACCAACAACAGUAAUUUGAACGAAGAUCUUGGUUGUAUCGAGUACAUUUUCUCGGAUAAAACCGGCACGCUUACUCAAAAUUCAAUGCGGAUGGCUCAGUGGUGGUGUGAUAAUGUCAUUCUUGAUGAAAUGGCCGAGCUUGGCGUAUUGCUGCGAGCCAUCAAUGACCACAACAACUAUUCCCACACAACUCGUGACAUGAUGCUUAGAUUUGCAUUUUCUUUGGGUGUUUGUCAUGGUGUCAUUCCGGCAGUAGAUGAACACACAGGUGAAAUGAUCUAUGAGAGCCAGUCUCCCGAUGAAACUGCUCUUUUAAUCACGGCCAGAAAUAAUGGAGUUAAACUGCUUACACGCACCAAGGCACACAUGAAAUUAGAGAUUCUUGGUCAAGAAAAAACCAUAGAGAUUCUCAAUGUUUUAGAGUUCAAUUCUGCACGCAAGCGCAUGUCUAUUAUUAUUCGCACUGAAAGAGGCAUUGAGUUGCAUUGUAAAGGUGCAGAUAAUAUCAUUUUUUCACGUCUUUCAGCCGACAAGGAUAAAAAUCCUACCUUGCUUUUGCACAAUGCACAACAGGCUUUGGAUGGCUUUUCCAAUAUUGGAUUGCGAACUCUUGUCAUUACUUCAAAAAUAAUGUCUCAAGAAGAGUACGAUUCUUUUUUAGUGGAGUACCAAAUUGCCGAGCGAUCUUUGCAAAAUCGUGAAGAGAUGAUUGAGGCGGCCUGUGACCAAGUUGAGCGUGAUCUUUGCUUGCUGGGAUGCACUGCGAUUGAGGAUCGAUUACAAGAUCAGGUUCCAGAAACCAUAGAGUAUUUGCUCAAGGCAGGAAUUAAACUUUGGCUUUUGACGGGUGAUAAGCAAGAGACUGCUAUCAAUAUUGGCAUGUCGUCGCGUCUUAUCAAUACCAGCAUGAGACUCAUUGUUCUUACUGCAUCAAGCUCUCGUGAGGCAGAGCUGGAAAUGGACAAGUAUGUCAAGGAAAUGCACGAGGCACCUGAAAAAACCUAUGCUCUUGUCAUCAACGGCGAUGUACUUACGCAUGCAUUGGCUGGUCCUCACAAACAAAAGCUAUUGCAAAUUGGAACAAAAUGCCGUUCUGUGAUUUGUACUCGAGUCACUCCGCUCCAAAAAGCAAUGGUUGUGCGACUUGUCAGAUCCAAUCUAAAGUCUGCAGUUACACUUGCAAUUGGCGAUGGUGCCAACGAUGUUUCAAUGAUUCAAGCAGCUCAUGUUGGUGUAGGAAUCAUGGGCAAAGAAGGCACACAAGCAGUUCGAGCAGCCGACUUUGCAUUUGGCGAGUUUAGAUUUUUAGAGCGACUAUUGUCUGUUCACGGGCGUUACAACUACCUUCGAAUGGCGAACCUGAUCUUUUAUUCAUUUUACAAGAAUAUUGCAUUCAUCACUGUACAAUGGUGGUUUGGGUUUUUUAAUGCGUGGUCUGCACAAGUUGUGAUGGAGGAAGUUUUUUUCAUCAGCUUCAAUGUUGUAUUCACAUCACUUCCUCCCCUCGCAUAUGCCAUAUACGAGUGUGAUGUGGACGAAGACCAGAUUGAAAAACAUCCACAGCUCUAUCGUGAGGUUCGCAAAGGCAUGUAUUGGAACGCUUACAAAAUAUUCUCUUGGUUUUUUACCGCUUUGCUCCACUCGGUCUUUAUUUUUGGAUCAGCCUAUUUGACAAACUUUGAGGGAGCAGUAGACAUAAAUGGAAAAUCCACUGGAUACUGGGUACAAUGCUAUUUGUUUAGUACGCCACUGUUGAUUAGCGUACUGGUUAAGCUGGCAGUCAUGACACGGCACUGGGUGUGGCCAAUCUGGUUUACCAUUGUCUUUUCCAUGGGGCUCAAUAUUAGUGUCAUGUUUAUUGUUACACUGCUCGAGUCAUUUUUCUAUUCUGAUUUUGAAACAGCAAUCAUUACACAUGCUCUACCUGCCUAUUACCUUUUAAGUUUACUCAUGCCUGCCCUCUGCAACUUGCCUGAUGUAAUCGGCCUUUAUUUCCGAUCCAUGCUGUUGCCUUCUGACGCAGAUAUUAUGAUGGAAGAAUCCAAGCUUAAAAAACGAACCCAAAGAUCUGCUUCUAAACGAGAUGGUCUCGUCCAUAUUGACAAUGAGGGCGCUCAUUCAAAGUAAACAUGGACUUUUUGAUUCUUUAAUUGGCAAGGCUGUUGAACCUUCUUCAGUUUGCCGCGUUACUCUUGGAUAUUUUCCAACUUAUUAUAAUUAUACAUUUUCCAGUGAUAGAUUGCUGGGGUUUCUGGAUGGUUCCAUGACAUGCCUGUAUUUUUUACUGCUAUUAUGCAUCUCUAGGUGCAGGUAUUAUCUGUCAAUGCUACCCCAAACUUUACACUCUUCAUCACUUUGUACAAUCGAUACUUCCUCAUGGUUUGAGGCUUCAUUUUUUUGCCUCUAUUCUUUCUGAAUAUGCAUUGGCUAGGAAAUGCGAAUCUACCAAUUCUGGAAUGGCAGCCCCUAUAUCUCCACUGGGUUGUUUACCUUUUUAUUCCCCCUGCUUAGAUGCUUUUUGUGUGCGGUCAGGUGUAUGGAUACAACUCGAGGCUUUUGCAAGCUUUUUGAUUUUCAAUCCACAGCUAGAUACCCUCCUUUUUGCAAUUUUGUUUCAUCACAAUUUUUUUUCGACCUCGAUUUUUGAUCUAGUCUUUUUAUCCCAUUCGAGUUUUCGAGUUGGUGUUGAAUAAAACAAUUGAAUG